CUCAGAGGAGGAGGGGAGGUGCGGCUCGCAGUGGAAGGAGGAUGUUUGAUGCGGGGGCAGACUAACGGGGGCCACAGCUGAGCAGACAGAGCUGCUGGCGGAUGAGCGCGCGCACGGCCGGCCUGCGGCGUGGAUGGAUCGGGCUGCUUUUUGAUCUGCUGCUCUGCUGGAGAGGAAACAUGCGGGGCUUCCCGGUGCGCUCGGUGCUGCCGCCGCUGCCGCUGCUGCUGCUCGGUCUCUGCAGCGGAACAAGUUUCCCGGGAAACAUCAACAUAGGAGGCCUUUUCCCCACCGGCUCGCACGAGUAUGAGGUGUUUCGGUUCGCGCUGUCGCAGCAUCAGGACGUCUCUAAGCUGGUGCCUCAGGUGGACAUGGUGGACACCGGGAGCAGCUUCGCCAUGACCUACGCCUUCUGCUCCCAGUUCUCCAAAGGCGUUUACGCCAUCAUGGGCCUGUACGACCGGCGGACCGUCAACAUGCUGACGUCGUUCUGCGGCUCGCUGCACGUCUGCUUCGUCACGCCGUCGUUCCCCGUUCAGACCAACAACCAGUUCGUGCUGCAGCUGCGGCCCCAGCUUCAGGGGCCCCUGCUGGCCGUGCUGGAGCACUUCUACUGGACCAGGUUCGUCUACAUGUACAGCUCCGACUCAGGACUGACAGUUCUGCAGAAGAUCCUGGACACGGCGGCGGAGCUGAGCUGGCAGGUCACCUCUGUCAACCUGGACGCUCUGACGGAGGCAGCCUUCAUCAAGCUGCUGGCCGAUCUCGACUACAAGAAAGACUUCCAGAUCAUCAUCAACUGUGAGCUGGAGCGCCUCAACUACAUCCUCAACUUGAUUGCUGCUCAGAAGAGGAACCUAAAGAACUAUCAUUUCAUUCUGGCCAAUCUGGGCUUCCUGGACCUGAACGUCACAGAGUUCCAGAAGCUCGCUCCCAACGUGACGGGCUUCCAGCUGGUGAACAGCACCGAUCCCGCUGUGGAGAAGGUCAACCGGGAGUGGGUGGAGUUUGACAGCAAAGACUUUAAACUGCCGCGUAAAAGGCUGAAGUACACCGGAGCCCUGACCUUUGACGGCAUUAACGUCAUGGCAACGGCCUUCCAAAACCUGCGGCAGCAGCACAUUGACAUUUCCCGCCAUGGAAAUGCUGGGGAGUGUCUGGCUAACCCACCUGCUCCUUGGGGGCAGGGCAUCGACAUCCAGAGAGCGCUGCAGCAGGUUCAUCUGGACGGACUCACCGGUCAUGUGCAGUUCGACGAGCAAGGACACCGUACCAACUACACCCUAACAGUGAUGGAGCUCAGUCACCUCGGACCCAGGAAGAUUGGACACUGGAAUGAGAAGAGAGGCUACGUCCACACGGCUGUCUACGGACCACUGCAGGAGGAGUUUUUCGGUCUGCUCAACAAAACCUACGUGGUUACCACCAUCCUGGAAGCUCCCUACAUGAUGCUGAAGAAGAACCACGAGCAGUUUGUGGGAAACGACAAAUACGAAGGUUACUGUGCCGAACUUGCUGCAGAGAUUGCCAAACACGUGGGCUUCACAUACCGCCUGGAGCUGGUGGCUGACGGAAAGUAUGGAGCUAGAGAUGUGGACUCGAAACUGUGGAACGGCAUGGUGGGAGAACUGGUUUACGGGAAGGCAGACAUAGCCGUGGCGCCGCUGACCAUCACUCUGGUGAGAGAGCAGGUGAUCGACUUCACCAAACCCUUCAUGUCUUUGGGAAUCUCCAUCAUGAUCAAGAAACCCACCAAGUCAAAGCCGGGGGUCUUCUCCUUCCUGGACCCUCUUGCCUAUGAGAUUUGGAUGUGCAUCGUUUUCGCCUACAUUGGAGUCAGUGUGGUGCUCUUCCUGGUGAGUCGCUUCAGUCCGUAUGAGUGGCAAGGCGAAGACUCUGAUGAUGAAGAUGAAGUCGCACAAACCACCACGUCUCAGCGCACAUCCGCCCCAGAUGGGCUUCAAUCUCCAGAACCCUCCCAGUCUCAGAACCAGAACCAACAGAAAGAAAAGGACUCCCCAGAGUACAGCAACGACUUUGGGAUCUUCAAUUCUUUGUGGUUUUCAUUGGGGGCUUUCAUGCAACAGGGCUGUGAUAUCUCCCCCAGGUCUCUCUCUGGUCGUAUCGUGGGAGGGGUUUGGUGGUUUUUCACCCUCAUCAUCAUCUCAUCCUACACAGCCAACCUUGCGGCUUUUCUGACAGUGGAGAGGAUGGUCUCUCCCAUAGAGAGUGCAGAGGAUUUGGCGAAGCAGACCGAAAUAGCCUACGGAACGUUGGAUGGAGGCUCCACCAAAGAGUUCUUCAGGCGCUCAAAGAUCGCCGUGUUUGAGAAGAUGUGGUCAUACAUGCGCAGCGCAGAACCCUCCGUUUUUGUCAGGAGCACCACGGAUGGAGUGAUGCGAGUCCGGAAGUCAAAGGGGAAGUACGCCUACCUGUUGGAGUCUUCCAUGAACGAGUACAUCGAACAGAGGAAGCCCUGCGACACCAUGAAGGUGGGAGGAAACCUGGACUCCAAAGGCUACGGAGUGGCCACGCCCAAAGGAUCACCACUCAGAAACCCCGUAAACUUGGCAGUAUUAAAACUGAACGAGCAGGGCCUGUUGGACAAAUUGAAAAACAGAUGGUGGUAUGACAAGGGAGAGUGCGGCACCAGGGGCGGGGACUCCAAGGACAAGACAAGCGCGCUCAGUCUGAGCAAUGUGGCGGGAGUUUUCUACAUUCUGAUUGGUGGGCUGGGGCUGGCUAUGAUGGUGGCCCUGGUUGAGUUCUGCUACAAGUCAAGAAUUGAAUCAAGGCGGAUGAAGGAGCUAAUUGAUGCCGCCAUGAUGAGCAGCAGCCUGGGUGGAGUUUCUGGAGGAGGUGAAGCAGGAAUCCUUGCUUGCGGUUUAGGUGGAGGCCUCACAGGCGAGAAUGGCCGUGUGGUGACUCAUGACUUUCCAAGCAUUGGAGUUAAGAGGUUACCCUGCAUGAGCAAAGCUGCAGGUUUAGGUCUGUCCUCAACGGGAAUGUGAUCCCAAUCCAGGGAACUGGACUAAACAAUCUAGCGGCCUAGAAGGAACAGAGACGUGGGAUGAAAACCUUUACCGCUACAUGAAAGUAGAGCAAAAAAGACACAAACAAUAUGAUUUGAGGUGGGAAAUUUUUGUUCAACCAGAAGCAACAAAACAUUUAUUGACAGAAAGCACAAUCUGACCAGACUUUACCUGACUGGACCAGACCUGGCCUCACCUGACUUGAAAUUACUGGACUUCUUCUGACCUGAUCUCCAGGCAUCUGGAGCUACUUUUUCUUUUACUGCUCGUUUGUGGAAAAACUAAAGCUGAGUGGAACAUUUUAAACUUCCCGUCAUACAAUAUUUGCUCUGACCCUCCACUGCUCCUCCUGGGUUACAAGCUGAGAUUUCGGUCAAAAUGGUUUCAGCUGAACAUUCAAAAUGGCUGCCAAGCAGCUUAACAACCAUUUGUCCAAAUAUGCCCUGGUGAGGAAGCAGGUGAGCAGAAAAACAGGUAAAAUCAGGUGGACACAAGUUGACACACACAAGUAACAAAUGCCACUUUAUUACAAACCAGAAUAGUUGUAAAUACGAGAAAAACUUGGCCCCAAACAGAACCUUCGGCCAACUGGAAAAUAGGCAGAGCAGCAUUGUGAAAAUCCUCUUUGUUGCCCCAAAAUGUUCUAUUACUACUCUGAAUAAACCCAACCCCUAUUGUGACAGGUUCUGAUUCCUCAGUUUGGUUCUGACCUGCUUCCCAGUGUCCUCAUAGCAGUUCACAUUUCGUUUAGCUCAGUUUAUUUCACAGAUUCAUUUUAGUCUCAACAAACUAGAUGAAAAACAUGUAAUUUUUGUCAGUAACUGUCUUCGCCAGCAGUUCCAAAGUAAAAGAAAUGUUCCCCUCUCCUCUACAAUUGACAUUUUCAGUUUCAUAAUUUAUAAUCUGAUCAUUUAUAUCUAGAACGAUGCAGUUUAUACACAUGCCAGCACUAAAGAACACAUGUACAGUCAUGAGGAACAAACAUUCUUAUUUCUUAUUACAUUAUUAUUCUACUUCACUGUCACUCCCUUCCAGAUUGAGGUAAAAAUGAAUUUAGGGUUUCAAAUAUUUCCUUUCCUUCUGUUCACAUGGACAGACUUCACAAAAAACCCCAAAUACCAAACCCAGAUUGUUCAAAAGGCCAGAUUAUCUUUCCCAUACUUUAAGGAAAGUUUAUAUAAGAGUAAUCAUUCAAAAUCCCCAUAAUGAGCAGAAAGGAAAACUCCAAAAAGCUGUCUCUGUGGCUCGUCUGGACAGUUGGUCUCAAAAAUUUUCUGCUGAAGAUGAUGAAACUCACCUUACCAACCCUGUUCUCUGGCUGGACAUUCACACCUAUAAACUUCUGGAAUUAAAAUCAAAUCGGCAGAUCUGGACCCUCUGAUCUGGCAAAGUCCACAGACUUCCUCAGAGAUCUCACUGCUGAUCUGCCGGUAUUUUCUAGGAUAAAUUGAUGACUUACAGCAAAGUUAUGUUGAAAAAACGGGUCUUAAAGGCAAAAACGAAUAAUCAAUUCUUAUUUGUCUUUGACAAAAACGUGUGAGAAUUUCUGAUCUUCUUAAUCACCAAAGUCUACAAAUGCAGGGGUCACAUCCUUUUGUCUAUGAUCCUUUAAAAACAUCCCCCUUUUUGGAAAAGUAGGAACAUUGUCAGACAGCUGUGUUUUUAGAAUGUUCUGGAAUGUGUGGCAGCAUGAAGCCACGAAUCUGCGACUCUGCAUGGAAACAGGAAGCUGAGGCUCGUCUCUUCCUUACAUUGUUUGUGUUUUAGCUUCCUUUGUGUCUUCUGUGAAACUGAUGUUUUCUACCUAAAAACAGAAGUUUCUGCUGCCGGGCUUUGGUCCGUCACCGUUUCCUUCUCGGCUCCGGUCCAAUGCUACAUCAGAACUUUUUUACCCAAACACAAAGUACAAAAAACUGUGGAAACUGUUUGCUAAACCGGUUUUCUAUCAAUUUGCUCAGACUUUGUCAGUUUUCCUGUUUAAUAAAACUUUGAAGACGA